AUGCGCAGUGGAUCUGUCGUUCCUCGCCGUCGGAUGCAAUCGUGUCGCGCACGCUGCUGCGUGGGGCCCGUCGGGGCUGCUCGCCUUCGCCGCGCACCACGGCGUCGCCAUAUGCGACACUCAGGUGCGACAGAUGAGUCGCUCAGCGCUAUUCCGUUCUCGUCUUCCCCUCUCGUGCUUUCCCCCUCUCCCCUCCCUUCCCCUCUCGUCUCCAACCUUCCUGGACUGGACGGUACGCUCUGGUUUGCCCCCUCCCCACACUUCCUCCCUUCCUCCCAAAUGCGUCUCUCUGCUCCCCGCGUGCAGAAAUCACGGCUGGUGGCGCAGCUGCCAGGCCACUCGUCUCGAGUCAACUGCUGCCACUGGCUGCCGCAACACCUGCACCUGUUACCUGGCACCAGCGCACCUCCCGAGCAUGUGCUCCUAUCGGGCAGCGCAAGCGGGUCACUGGUGGCGUGGACUUACCACCCAGGCUCGCAGCAGUGGUCGCAGCAGCAGCACCUGCCAGCAGCGCACAGCAAGGCCAUCACCAGCAUAUCCUCCCUGCUGCUUCCUCUCUCCCCUGCCCCGCCUCAUCACUCACCUGAUGACACGCCGUCCCCCCACACACCUGACGACACACCCCCUCCACCCCCGGCUGCACUGGUGGUUACCACCUCGGCGGAUGGCACAGUGGGCGUGUGGGCCACCAGCUGGCAGGGCGGGGCGGGAGUCGCAGCAGAUGCAGCAUCGGUGCCAGCAGAGUCAGCAUCGGCGCCAGCAGCGCCAUGUGGGGAGCGGGACUCAGGGUUUAAGUUCUCCCUGAGUGCACUGGAGCGCAUCGAAGUGGGCGGGCUGUGCAUGGAGGCCUCUGCGCUCUGCUGCCUGCCUGCUGGGGGGGCAGGGGCGGGUAGGGGUGGCGAUGGAGAGAGGGGUGGGGUUGCAGGGAGGCAUGGGAGUGUGUUGCUGGCGUUGGGGGGCCUGGACAACAAAGUGCACCUCUACACUCGCCCGCUCAUGCCGUUCCCCCCCUCGGUGCGCUUCACGAGGGUGUGUUCGCUGGCAGGCCAUCAGGACUGGAUCCGCUCGCUCGCCUUCUCCCUCCCCAUGCUCGCCCCUCCCCCUGCUUCCACUGCGUCUGCCGCAUCUGCUGCGCCACCACCUCCGCCGUCUGAAGCAGCAGCAGCUGCGGCAGCGGCAGCACCCGCGUCCCCCAGCACACCCCACGUGCUGCUCGCGUCUGCCUCUCAGGAUCGCAACGUGCGCGUGUGGAAGCUCGCGCUCUCUCCUCCUGCUCCUGCUGCUGCUGGCACUGACACGGCCUACAGCAGCGGUGCAAGUGCUGCUGAUUCCGAUCUUCUAAAAGAGUUUGGGGAGCUAGGGGGUUAUACAGCUGGCCCCUGCUUCCAAUCAGGAGAGGACACGUGGCAGGUCAUGCUGGAUGGGCUGCUGGUGGGGCACGAGGAUUGGGUGCACUCAGUGACGUGGCACCCUCCUAUUCGCUCUCGCCAUUCCGUCCCGUCCUCCGUUCCUGUUCUACCUGUUGCCAAGCCUUUCAGCUCCGAGCCUGAUUUUUCCAAACCUGCUGCUUCCAAUCCUGCACAAGCCACUCUUUUCCAGCCCCUGCGCCUGCUGACGUCAUCAAUGGAUCGCACCAUGCUGAUGUGGCAGCCUGCCACGUGGCAGGGGGCUGGAGGACUCUGGCUGGCAGAUGUCAGCCUGGGAGAGGUGGGGCACUCGUCUCUGGGGUUCUUUGGCGGUGUGUGGUCGCCACGUGGCGACGCGGUAUUGGCCCACGGGUUCACUGGGAGCUUGCACAUGUGGCGGGACUAUGGGAGAGCGAGAGAGGAGGAUGCGGGAGGACGCGGGCAGGAGACGGAGGACGAGGACCGGGGCAGUGCAGGAACGCAGGGAAAGGUGAAAUGUAGUGGCAGUGUGGACGGGAGAGGGGAGGAGAGAGCAGGAGGGGAGGAGGAGGGGAGGGAGAGGGAGGAGGAGUGGAGGGCGGUGGUGGCACCAACGGGGCACUUUGGCCCAGUGGUGGACAUGUGCUGGGAUGCACACUCGCAACUGCUGCUGUCUGUCAGUAGCGACCAGACUGCUCGCAUCUUUGCCCAUUGGGAGGAUGGCGGCGCUGCGCCCGGCAGUACAGGUGGUGGUGGUGGUGGUGGUGGUGGUGGUGGUGGUGGUGGUGGUGGUGGUGGUGGUGGUGGUGGUGGUGGUGGUGGUGGUGGUGGUGGUGGUGGUGGUGGUGGUGGUGGUGGUGCGGACGAGCAGCAGGCACAGGGGUGGCGGGAGACGGCUCGCCCGCAGGUGCACGGCCACGACCUCAAAUGCGCCGCCUUCUGCCCGAGCCUCAGGCUCGGCGACGGCUCGGACGGAGGUUCCGGUGCUGUUGAAGGGGCUGGUGGGGAGGGGAGGUGCAACGGGGUAGGGGGAGACUCAGGGCGGUCGGAUGGCGGGACGGAUGGGGCACAGGGAGGGGCGGAGGGAUCAGAGGGAGGGGCGGAGCGGGCACAGGAAUCACAGGGAGGGGCAGAGGGGGCGGAGGGAUCAAAGGGUGGGGCGGAGCAGGGUCUGGUGUACGUGAGUGGCGCGGAGGAGAAGGUGGUUCGCGUGUUUGAGUCGCCCCAGCUGUUCCUUGACUCCCUCCUCUUCACCCGCUCUGCUGCCUCGUGCCCUUCAGCAGAGGAGGGGGGAGGUGCUUGUCGGGAGGGUAGCAGAGAGGGGGAUGCAGCAGCAGCGGCAGCAGCAGCAGUGGCGCAGCAAGGGAAGGGUGUGGCGAUGGCAGCGAGCAUGUCUGCUCUCGGCCUUUCACAAAAGCCCAUCUACUCCUCUGCUGCCGCUGGUAUAAGUCUUGGUCCCUCGCAGAGGCCCGUCUACUCUGCUGCUGCCACUGGCAUCGAUCCCACCUCCACUCUCACCUCCUCCCUCGGCUACUCCCAGGACGCCAUCCUGCUGCUCACCUCCCCCUCCCCUCUGGGCCCUCUACACCCUCUGGGCCCUCUACACCCUCUGGGCCCUCUACACCCUCUGGGCCCUCUACACCCUCUGGGCCCUCUACACCCUCUGGGCGUCGUCCACUCUCACCUCCUCCCUCGGCUACUCCCAGUACGCCACCCUCGAUGGGAGGGGGAUGCUAACGACGCCAUCCCGCUGCUCACCUCCCCCUCCCCUCUGGGCCCUCCCCCCCAGCUCCCAGCAACACUGACUCCACCCUUGCCUCCUCCCUCGGUUACUCCCACUCCCAGCGACCCUGACUCCACGCUAGCAUCCUCCCUCGGUUACUCCCAGUACGGGGAUGCUGACGACGCCAUGCCACUGCCGCCCGCCGUGCUGCAGCAGCCGCCCAGAGAGGAGCAGCUGGCGGGCGGCACGCUUUGGCCGGAAGUGCGAAAGCUGUACGGACACGGGAAUGAGAUCCUGUGCUGCGCUGCUGACCACGGCGGAAGGUUCCUGGCAACUGCCUGCAAGGCCCAAUCCCCGGAUUUCGCAGCAAUCUGGCUCUGGCACACACCCAACCCAUCUCCCUCCUCCUCCACCACCACCUCCUCCUCCUCUUCCCCAUCCACCGCGCCAGCAGCCCCAUGGACAGCAGCAGCUCGCCUAGCAGCGCACACGCUUUCAGUGACACAGAUGCACUUCUCCCCCUGCGAUGCCCUCCUGCUCUCCGUCUCCCGCGACCGUCACUUCUGCCUCUUUGCUGCCACCCACGGUGCCGCUGAUGCAGCCCACGCGCUCUCAGUGACACAGAUGCACUUCUCCCCUUGCGACACUUUCCUCCUCUCCGUCUCUCGUGGCCGCCACUUCUGCCUCUUUGCUGCCGCCCCGUCUGCUGCUGAUGACGCUGGUGCGUGUGUCCCCUGCGCUGGUGGUUUACCCCCCUCUGCCAGCGCGUCAGCCCCCUGUGCUCUGUAG